AUGUCCGCCUCAACGUCUACUGCGGUCCCCGCCGCUCGCCCAAAUCCCUCUUCCCCCGGAUCGUCGCGCAAGGUGGCAAAGGCCUCUGCGUCGUCGUCUGCGCCGUCCUCCAGGUCCCGACCUGUUGACCCAUUCUAUGGGCACGAAGAGACCGCCCUGUUGUGUGCGCGCUUUAUCAGCUCGCUGUUCCAGUGCCCCAACAUCCCCGCCGCUACCCACGCUGGUGCGCCCACCCCGUCCUUGGCACACUUUGUUGCCUACGCCCUCCACCGCACACGACUCCCAUCCGUCGUCACUUUUGCGGCACUCCUAUUGUUGCAGCGCCUCAAGACUCGCUUCCCUGCCGCACGCGGGUCAUCUGGGCACCGCCUCUUCAUCUCUGCCUUUAUGAUCGCCUCCAAGGUGAUCUGCGACGACACGUACUCGAACCAGUCCUGGUGCAUCGUUGGGCAAAAAAUGUUCCAGCUCAAGGAGAUCAACCAGAUGGAGCGCGAGAUGUGCGGUUACCUCGAGUGGAACCUCAACGUCUCCGGCGAGGACGUGGCCGAGUUUGAGGCAUUGGUCCGUGCGGAUCACGGGGCACGACCUGCCAUGCGCAUGUCGGCGAACAUCCCAGAGCCUGCUAGCAGCAUGGCGUCUAUUCCUCACUCGGUUGCUGCUGCUGCGUACCCCUCUCCGGAGGCUACGCCCAACGGGAUCGGUGCUCGGCCAAUCCGGCCCGUUCCUACGCCCUCGUACAAGCGCUCGCACACGGCUUUUCCGUCCCCAGCCUCGUCGACCCGCAACCCUUACCUCAACGUCUCGCCUCAGCCCCCAGCACUAGCGUCGGCAUCUUCGUCCCUGGCGUCGUCGCCCGCGUCUGAGGACUGCAAGACGCCAUCACCCGUCGCGAUGGUUUCCAAACCCAAGCGGCCAUCGUCCAUGCGCACCCACUCGUCCAAGUCGGUCUCUGACUUUGAUCACGGCUUUGCGUCCAACGUCAGGGCGGCUAUGCAAGCUGGAGGGCAACCCUUGAGCGUCGGAGUCUGGUAA